GCGGGACGCACUGUGCCGGGCGCGGCUCGCUUCCUCCUGCCGUGUUCUCGACCGGGGCGGCUCUGGUGCCUUUCGUUCUCGGUUUCUCCCGCACUGUGUUUUCCUGCCUCUCUGACCUUCCCGACGCCCGGGUCGCGUCCUCUGCCUGAGAGCUACAGUGAACUGUUUGUCAUUGCCAUCGUUUAAUGGCUAUUAGCAGCUAACAGCAUUGGGAUGAGUCUGGCUCUGAGCGUGUUCUGACCUACUCAAGAACCCAGCUGCAGUGAGUCUGUGGGAUAGAAGAUCUCUGGGGGACAAGCAGAUCACAAAUUCUUUUUUGAGGAAUACAGAGCUGUUCAGAACUCUCUCCAAAAAUGGCAGAAGCUCAUCAAGCAGUAGCAUUUCAAUUUACAGUAACUCCAGAUGGGAUUGACUUGCGAAUGAGCCAUGAGGCACUCAAACAAAUUUACCUAUCUGGUGUCCAUUCAUGGAAGAAAAAGUUCAUCAGAUUCAAGAAUGGAAUUAUCACUGGUGUUUAUCCUGCUAGCCCCUCUAGCUGGCUUAUUGUAGUUGUGGGUGUGAUGUCAACAAUGUAUGCCAAAAUUGAUCCUUCUUUAGGAAUAAUAGCGAAAAUCAACCGAACCCUUGAUACAACUGGCUAUAUGUCAAACCAAACACAGAACAUUGUGAGUGGAAUACUUUUUGGCACAGGGCUUUGGGUUGCCCUUAUUGUCACAAUGAGGUACUCCCUGAAAAUGCUGCUUUCCUAUCAUGGCUGGAUGUUUGCUGAACACGGCAAACUUUCUGCAGGCACCAAGCUGUGGAUGACUCUUGUAAAACUCUUCUCAGGACGUAAGCCCAUGUUGUACAGUUUCCAGACGUCUUUACCACGAUUGCCAGUUCCAGCUGUCAAAGACACAGUCACCAGGUAUCUGGAAUCAGUCCGGCCACUUAUGAAUGAUGAAGAGUUCAAAAGAAUGGAGGGUCUUGCAAAAGAUUUUGCGUUUAACUUAGGACCAAGGCUUCAGUGGUACUUAAAACUAAAAUCGUGGUGGGCCACAAACUAUGUGAGCGAUUGGUGGGAAGAAUAUAUCUACCUUAGAGGGCGUGGACCAAUUAUGGUUAACAGUAACUAUUUUGCAAUGGACUUCCUUUAUUUAUUUCCCACAACCAUACAGGCAGCUAGAGCUGGUAAUAUUAUCCAUGCCAUCCUGCUCUACCGGAAAAAACUGGACAGACAAGAAAUCAAGCCAAUUCUUCUGAUGGGAUCCACUGUUCCGCUUUGCUCAGCUCAGUGGGAGCGGAUGUUUAAUACCUCCCGCAUCCCAGGAGAAGAAUCAGAUACUCUCCAGCAUGUGAAAGACAGCAAACACAUUGUUGUCUAUCACAAGGGGCGUUACUUCAAAGUGUGGCUGUACCACGAUGGUAGACUGUUGAAACCUCGAGAGAUUGAACAGCAGAUACAAAGAAUUCUUGAUGAUGAUUCAGAGCCUCAGGCUGGUGAAGAGAAAUUAGCAGCUCUUACUGCAGGAGAUAGGGUACCAUGGGCUAAGGCUCGACAGGCUUAUUUUAGCCGUGGAAAGAACAAACAGUCCUUAGAUGCCAUUGAAAAAGCAGCAUUUUUUGUGACAUUGGAUGACGACGAACAAGGGUACAGGAAAGAAGAUCCAGUGAGGUCACUAAAUGAAUAUGCAAAAUCCUUAAUACAUGGCAGAUGUUAUGACAGGUGGUUUGAUAAAACAUUUACUCUUGUAGUAUUCAAAAAUGGCAAAAUGGGCCUGAAUGCUGAGCACUCCUGGGCAGAUGCUCCUAUUGUUGGACACCUGUGGGAGAACAUAAUGGCAACUGAGUAUCUUGAACUGGGCUACUCUGAGGAUGGACACUGCAAAGGAGAAACCAAUCAAAAUAUUCCUAUCCCUACCAAACUGCAGUGGGAAAUUCCAGAAGAGUGCCAAGAUGUGAUCGAGAAGUCUCUGAGCACCGCUAGAGCUCUGGCAGAUGAUGUGGACUUCUGUUCAUUUUACUUUGAUGUUUUUGGGAAGGGGCUAAUAAAGAAAGCAAAAACCAGCCCUGAUGCCUUCAUUCAGCUUGCCCUGCAGCUUGCUCACUACCGAGACAUGGGGAAAUUUUCUUUGACAUACGAAGCCUCUAUGACACGCUUAUUCAGAGAAGGGAGAACUGAAACUGUCCGUUCGUGCACCAUUGAGUCGUGUAAUUUUGUUCGAACCAUGGAAGAUCCAAGUGAAAGUAAUGAAAAUAAGCUGAAGUUAUUCCGGCUUGCGGCUACCAAACACCAGCACUUAUAUCGUCUUGCCAUGACUGGUGCAGGCAUUGACCGCCAUCUGUUCUGCCUGUAUGUUGUUUCCAAGUACCUUUCUGUAGAUUCUCCUUUCCUCAAGGAAGUUUUGUCAGAGCCUUGGAGGCUAUCAACGAGUCAGACACCACAGCAACAUAUUGAUCUGAAGAAGAACCCUGAGAUGUUAUCUUCUGGUGGUGGAUUUGGACCUGUGGCUGAUGAUGGUUAUGGUGUUUCUUACAUAAUCUUAGAUGAAAACUCCAUCCAUUUCCAUGUCUCCAGCAAAUUCUCUUGUUCUGAAACGGAUUCUCAUCGCUUUGGAAAGAACAUCCAAAAAGCAAUGGUUGACAUCAUGGGUUUGUUUCAACCUCCUAAAAACUGUACCAAAUGAUUUGGGUUAUUGCCACCAAGCAAACUCCCAUCGUUGGGAUGGAAACUCUUCUGAACAGCGAAUGAAAGCAAGGUUUGCAAAAACAAUAGCUGGUGAAGAAACUGAGUCACAUCGAGUUGAUCUUCUAUGAAAACUAUAGCCAUGGUUUGAAUGUUUCAUGAAUAUUUUUUUUUAGUAGUUUGGAAGCAUUUAGUUCCACAAAGGGCAACUUUUGCAAUUUUAUACAUUUCUAGGGAUGAAGUGUACCACUAUUGCACGAAGGCAUGUAUAUUCUAACUCAGUUUUUUUCUCAUUUUUUUUCUUGUACUUAAAAUUAUUUGAGUCCACUUGUGUUCCAGAAUGGAAGCGAUAAAACAUAUCAAGUCUUAAACUCAAAGCCUUUAAAAGAUUUGAUUCGGUAUGCAUUGAUAGCAGGAUGUUCUUCAGAGUAUCUGCUGCUUUAUUUCAACAAAUGACAACUCUUCUGGCUGUUUACCUUCAUUAACAUCUUUAAAGGUAAUUUCUUCAUGAGAUUAGAAAAAAAAAAAACCAAACAAAAUCAGAACCUAGUGCAACACAUCCAACUGGUGUGUUUCUUUUUGGGAAGAACUAUGUGCUACAGCGAAGUAGUAAAAUAUGCAAAUUAGCAGGUAUCAAACUUUCCUUGUUACUUAUAAGCAUGUUUGCCACAUGAUUGAUUUUAUAUCCAUAUAAAUGAACCUGUGUGCUUGUUUGUGCCAGUGCCUUAGUAAAAGAAAUACGCUGAACACGGGAGAAAAGCUUAUGCUGGGAGUUGGUUUUACAUUAUUUUUGUGGAGGGGAAAUAGCAAUGCAGAUCUAGUUCUGAAAUUAUAAAUUAGGGGGCUAUGAUAUAAGUAGAAUUGAAUUUGCUUGUGUAUGGUGCAGCUAGGUUCAAAGCUCUGAUGGGAUGAUCUCCUCUUACAUGGCAAAGACCAUUCUCUAAAGUGCAGGAGUAUCUUUUCAGAGCUGUGGAUACUCAUGAUCCCAUUUAGCUGAGUGGUAUUAGUGAUUCGCUGAGAGAAGAGUUUCUGGGUCCUAGGGAAUGUAAAUAUAUUUAAACUCAGACCUGUUAGAUAAUCUAUGAAUCAGUGCUGCAUGUAGAGGCUGAGCAAUUGCAGUUUGCUAGGUUUCAGCCUGAAAGGACCAGAAUUGCACGGUCAGCUCUCUGCAUGAAACAGGCUGUGAAGGCAAUGGAAAAUAGCUCCAGAAUGGGGAAAUUAUGGCCUUCUCAAACCUCUUCUGCGUGGCCCUUUGUGUCAGGCAGUUUCUGAAACACGCAACAAAAAUGGGGGUGGGAAUAGGGCAGACAGUUUCACUGAAAAAGGGGCGUAUUUGUAAGUGCAGAAGUAAAAUGAUUGCUACAAAACUGAAGUAACUUGGUGUGCUAUGCUACUCUUCCUCAAACUUUUAUCGGUGUCAUUACUUUUUUAGAUCACACGAUACAGUGCACCUAUGAGGGCAAAUUUAUUUUUCUGGGAGUAAAAGGUACAAAAUAUUUAGUAAUGUUGCUCCAGAGCUGUGCUCAUUUUGAAAGCUCUCUGGGGGUGCUGUGAAACUUCUCAUUAGGUUUUUUGGAUUUCUUUUUCUGGCCAGUAUUUCUAACUUGAUAUGCCUCUACAUGUGUUUUGUUUUGUUUUGUUUUUCACUCUGAUCUAGCUGUUGAAACACCUGUUAUGUGUAUGUUUGAGGUGGAAAACCUCAGCAAAAGUCCUAAACGCAUACAUAAGCAAAUACAUGCUUACAUAAAUACAAGUUCCCCCAUAGGAAUUGGCCAAAGAUGCCCAUUAUUUGAUUGGAUGAAGUUUGUGGGAAAGGACACUUUAAAAUAAGCCUUACUGCAGCAAGCAUUUACCAAAUUACUGCAUCAAUGUUAUAGCGAUGUGUUUUUCUGGAGCUGCAGAAAUAAUGCACUGUUUUUUUUUUAUUGACCACUAACCAGUCUGUGCUUAAAUUAACACAGGGCUUCUAGGAUUUUCCAAAAAAAAAAAAAAAAAAAAAAAAGUUUAGAUUUGACUCUCAGGUUUUAAAUGUUUCAUGUCUAAUUGUAUUUAGUGCAGUUAUCAAUGCAAUUUUACAUUCUUAAAGUACAAUUGGCACAGAAAGUUGUUUUUUAUUGUAAAUGUUUAAAGGAGUGCUGUUAAUUGUAUCUUCUUUCUUUUUUCUUUUUGAAUUUGAGUUAGAUCGUAAUUCCUAAACAGGUAGGAUCUUAUUUCAUUCUUGAAGAUGUCAACGGCGUGUAAAUAAAAUAUGCUUUCUGGAUGUAAAUCUUAGAAAUCCACAGUGAAUGUAGGCUGUUAAUAAAUAAUUUAAAACUUGAUGUUCAAUAUGGUGUACAUACAGUAAAACUACUUGCUUUUUUGCUCAAAAGCCAUAGGAAUGUAAUGGAAAAUACUUAGAAUUGAAUGAACUUUCUAGCACAGUGUACUUUAAUGUCUGUAUUUUAGAACAGCUGUUCAUCCUUAACUAAACCUUGAAUCACCUGCUCUCAGUUAGUGAAAAGAGCUCUAAGUGAGGGAUGGCUAGGUAUGGAUAAUAAUAAAUUAACCUGUUGGUUAAAUACCAGUUUUUUGGAAUUGAUGGAAUCCUUUAAACAUGAAUUUGCAGAAUUCAUUAUUUCAGCUCUUUAAUAUGAUGGAAUAGCUGAGAUUUGGUGCAUCUAGAGGCUGCCAUUGUCCAGGACUAAGGUUAUUCCAAACUGAGUACUCUUAAGGGUUGGGCUUCUACAGAAUCAUGGAGGUGUGCAAGCCUGACCUUGAAAAUCAUGGUUCUAAUUCAGCCUUUGUACCAAUUGCUUCCUUGUAUAAAAUGUAUUACUUUCAGCUGUUUUUUAUCUUGUUCACUUACUCCUGUGGUUGGUUAUUUACAUUCAAUAGUCUGUCCCAAUGUUCUACCCUCUUCAGUGACUUCAAAAAAUAAAGUUUCACAAUUAUCACUACUAAGUA